GUCCGCUUCUCCCGCCUUGCUCCCCUUUCCUCGCCCCCCCCUCAGCGUGGCGGCCGACUAGCUCCAGCGGUCGGCAGAGCGGGCGCGCGCCGGGGUCGCGCGGCUGCCGAAGGGGCGGGCGCGCGCAGGAGGAGUGGAGGCGUAGGGGGGCGGGGGACCGCUCGCUUGCUCGCAAGAUGGCGGAUGAGGACGGGGAAGGGAUUCACCCCUCAGCCCCGCACCGGAAUGGAGGCGGCGGCGGGGGGUCUGGGCUCCACUGCGCCGGGAACGGUGGCGGGGGAGGCGGCGGCCCGCGGGUCGUGCGCAUUGUCAAGUCCGAAUCCGGCUACGGCUUCAACGUGCGGGGCCAAGUGAGCGAGGGCGGGCAACUGCGGAGCAUCAACGGGGAGCUGUACGCGCCGCUGCAGCAUGUGAGCGCCGUGCUGCCCGGGGGGGCGGCCGACCGGGCCGGGGUGCGCAAGGGGGACCGCAUCCUGGAGGUGAACGGCGUGAAUGUUGAGGGGGCGACACACAAGCAGGUGGUGGACCUGAUCCGAGCAGGCGAGAAGGAAUUGAUCUUGACAGUGUUGUCUGUACCUCCUCAUGAGGCUGAUAACCUAGAUCCCAGUGACGACUCCUUGGGACAAUCCUUUUAUGAUUACACAGAAAAGCAAGCAGUGCCCAUAUCGGUUCCCACAUACAAACAUGUGGAGCAGAAUGGUGAGAAGUUUGUGGUAUACAAUGUUUACAUGGCUGGGAGGCAGCUGUGUUCUAAGCGGUACCGGGAGUUUGCCAUACUGCACCAAAACCUGAAGAGAGAAUUUGCCAACUUUACAUUUCCUCGACUUCCAGGAAAGUGGCCAUUCUCAUUAUCAGAACAACAGCUAGAUGCCCGGCGUCGGGGGUUGGAAGAAUAUCUAGAAAAGGUGUGUUCAAUCCGGGUCAUUGGUGAGAGCGACAUCAUGCAGGAGUUCCUGUCUGAAUCCGAUGAGAAUUACAAUGGUGUGUCUGAUGUAGAGCUGAGAGUAGCAUUACCGGAUGGGACAGCCGCCACUGUCAGAGUUAAGAAGAACAGUACUACAGACCAAGUGUACCAGGCUAUUGCAGCAAAGGUUGGCAUGGACAGUACAACAGUGAAUUACUUUGCCUUAUUUGAAGUGAUCAAUCAUUCCUUUGUACGUAAGCUGGCACCUAACGAAUUUCCUCAUAAACUCUACGUCCAAAAUUAUACGUCAGCUGUGCCAGGCACCUGUCUGACCAUUCGCAAGUGGCUCUUUACAACAGAAGAAGAAAUCCUCUUAAAUGACAAUGACCUUGCUGUUACAUACUUCUUUCAUCAGGCUGUUGAUGAUGUAAAGAAAGGUUACAUUAAAGCAGAAGAGAAGUCUUACCAGUUACAGAAGCUAUACGAACAAAGGAAGAUGGUCAUGUACCUCAACAUGCUAAGGACCUGUGAGGGCUACAAUGAAAUCAUCUUUCCUCACUGUGCCUGUGACUCCAGGAGGAAGGGGCAUGUCAUCACAGCCAUCAGCAUCACGCACUUUAAACUUCAUGCCUGCACUGAAGAAGGGCAGCUGGAGAACCAGGUAAUAGCGUUUGAAUGGGAUGAGAUGCAGCGAUGGGACACAGAUGAAGAAGGAAUGGCCUUCUGUUUUGAAUAUGCGCGAGGAGAGAAGAAGCCUCGAUGGGUUAAAAUCUUCACACCAUAUUUCAAUUACAUGCAUGAGUGCUUUGAGAGGGUGUUCUGCGAGCUCAAGUGGAGAAAAGAGGAAUAUUAGUUAGAGACUGAUUAUCCCAUGUGAGCCAGGACAUGCUCCCAGCGAGGCUGGCCUCUGGAUGCUGAAUGGGUUAUGCAAAAAAGCCCUGCUUCUCCCCUUGUGUAGAGGGUGGACGCUGGCUGCAGGCUCUCCGUCUCUCAUGACUUCACGGACCCUCUUCUGCCUGUUUGUUUGAUUUUUGUUGUUGUUGUUGUUUGUUUGUUUUUUAAUCAAAUAACUCUCCACGCUAUUCUUGACCCCGGAGAGCGCCUGUCCAGAGUUUUAGCCAUCUGACUGGAUAAAUUACAGUAGAGUCUUUCUUCACUAACCAAGAACAUAAAUGUGGGGGAAAUUUUUUGCUGUUGUUUAUAGGUAUGAGUGCUGGAGCAGAAUUUAGAAGACUGUCUAAAUACUUAGCUACUUAUUCUCAAAGAAAAUCAGAAAAUGAAGAAGCAUAGUCAGUCACAUGGAAGUUAGUGUUCUUGCUGUAGUAGAAAGAACACUGGGCUCUGGAAGUCAUCUGGGAUUUCUCCAGCUUCUUUUAUCUGUGAUUUUGGGCAUAGCAACCUCCUUAGAUCUGAAUUGUUUCUUGUGAAAGAGGAAGACUGAGCCAGGUGAUAACUUUCCGAGUCCUCUGUGCUCCGAGCGGCUGUGGUUCGGCUGGGAUGGUUGAGUCGGCUGUCAGCGGGGUGUGCUGCUCCUGACUUGUUGGAAGGUUGUCUCCAGAUUGGAGGCCAUGCUGCUCCUCAGUAACUCUUCUUUUUUUUUUUUUCCUUUCAGAAUAUUUUCCAGAUGGCGAGGUCACAGCAGAGGGAUGUGGCCACCUAGCCUUCCCUCAUCCCUUCCUUCUCUUUGCCCCUCAGCCUCUUAGCCUUUCGUCUCCCAUGUCAGACAGUAACCAUUAACACAAAAGAAGAAAAAAGGAAAAAAAGUCAUUAUAUCCCAAAGUCCUAAGCUAAAUAUUAUUAAUAACUUCCUGUGAAUUUUACAUCUCUGGAUCUGAGCUGGUAGAGAGCAGCAGGUUGAUAGUGCCAGAGUGCACUGAGAUCAGACAGACAAGCCCGACCAACUCGCCAAAGUCAUCUUUGUCACUUUCCCAGCCUCACACCAACAGACUCUCCUUGUACUAUAUUUUUAAAACUGGAACUAUGAACUCCAUCCAUUUGCACUGUUCAAGCAUAUAUAUGUAUGUAUGUAUGUAAAAAUUAUAUAUACACAAAUUAGCUGCACGUAUAUACAUAUAUAUAUUUCUUUUUAAAUUUCAUAUUGAUGGCAGUACCUUUUUUAGCUUGUGUUUUUACACACCUUUCACUGAAUUCAUGACCUCUCUCUUGCUCUCUUUAUUUUGAAACAAACUUUAAAAAGGAAAAAAAAAAUACAGGGAAAAUACCUCUCCUCAUGAAGGACUCGAAAAGUUUACGACCUGCUUGGGUUUUCUUCCCUUUUUGUAUUGAGUACAGUUUCUGGCUGUUGGUUUGCCAUAGAGUCUGAGGAGCGAGGAUUGUAGUGUCUUUAUCUACAAGAGGGUGCUGAGGAGGAGAAAGGCUGUUUCUCAAGAGCAGUGAGGCUGCAGAGAGUCUAAAGACCUAUAGUUUUGGUUCCAAGUCAUGUUCCUGGUCCAUCGAUGGACUUUUAGUCCAUCCUGCAUCUCCUUCCUGUUUCUUUAGGGUCUUUUAUAUGCUUCCUUUCUACUGACCCAAAACAAAGUGCAGGGUAAUCUGAGGAAGCUGUUUCCAUAGGAAACUGUAAGACUUCUCUUCUGCAACAGGGCUCGGAGUAGAGGAAGCUCGACGCCCAAGGCACAAAGGUUGGACAUGGAGGGGAGGAAAGAAGCAGUGCCUCCUAGUUAUAAGGGCCUUACUCCUCCACUUCUGUCCAGGAACCAUCUCUAUUUUACAUCCUCUGUGAUUCUUUAAACAGUUGUAUGUGGAGGGAGUGCCUUGGGUAAACUUAGGUUUCUGCCAACCAAAUCAGAGCCCUGUUUAUGACAGCUGAGGGCCCAAGAAGUGGGAAUAUGGUCGAUUUUAGUUGACCACCACCAUUUAUUUCAAAGGAGACUGAAGAGAAAUCUCUUAUAGAGUUCUUUACCUGGGGCAGGGCCUGGGCCUGGGCCUGUGGCUAGGGCUAGGGCUGGGGUUGGGGCUGCCUCAGUCAGUAGAGAGCUUGCCUAGCAUGCUUGAAGCCCUGAGUUCCAUCCCCAGCUCCACAUAAAACUUGAGUGUUGGGGUUUUGUAGUACACACCUGUAAUCGCAGCACUUGGGAGAGGAAUGCAGGAAACUCAGAAAUUUCAAGUCCACCCCUCUGCUACCUAAUGAGUUCAAGGCUAUGCUGGAUCACAUAUCUCAAAAGUAGAAGAGUUCCUUACCUGCCCCUGCGCUUAGACCUCCUGGGACCUAAAAGCAACAUUUGGGACAGAGGCCAGGCUGGCACUAGAGCAAUAUUCUCAAACCUUGAGUUCUUGUGUAAGGACUGCUCAGGUUAGGUACAACUAAAACACAUCUUUGAAACUCUUUAUCUACUUUACCUUCAAUAUUGAAGUCUUCAUAAGCUGCUUCUUUGGUUUCAUGUGGCUGAAAGGCAGCCAGAGUUGGAUGUACUUGGCAUCUUGGAUUUGGCUUAAAGUCUCUUUCAUGCCUUGGUUUUGCAGAGCAUUCAUUAUGAAACUACUUCUCUGUCUCCAUUAUCUGGCAGCCACUUGUCCCAAGAAGGUAUGAACCUUUUAGAACAGUCUGUCCCUCCCCUCCAAAACCGUGGGACCACAAAGUACAAAAUACGGUGUUUAAAGUUGAAGAGGGCAAUACUGACUUGAAGGUUUAAUCAGGAUCAACUCUCCCUCUUGGCUUUAAUAAUGAGUCUGAGUACCUUAGGAGGGGCAGUGGAUUGAUUCCCUCUCCAAGAUGCUCUGGAGGCCAGCUGGGUUCAAACUGUAAAAAAUAGCAACAUUGCGACCCACUCCCUCAGGGGGAGCACCUUUCACAGUAGAGACAGGGCUGUGGAGGUCCUGAGGAGUCAGCCCCACAUGUGUUGGGGUUAGCAGAAUCUGUAGGAACAACCUACUUUAGGUAGUUUUCCUACCAAGACACCCAGCUGCAGCAGGGAGAUGGGAAGAGGGAGCUCACAGAGGCUCACAGUGGGGCUGCAGUCCCGGAGGAGGAGGUCAUUCUGGCCUUCUGGCCCACAGGAUCAAGGUCUUUUGCAUGAAGCAGUGUUAGAUGUAACUACUCCCUCCCCCAACCCCCCGAGCCCCCUGCACUUCCUUCCUCUAAUCCCUUGUAUGUUUCUUAGUCCAGGCUUCUGCCCAGGGAGGCAGCUACAGUUUUGUUGGGCACUUGGUCUCUGGGAAAGGGAUUUCCCUCCCAGCUUCACUGCAGCAGAAUCUUCCUGGUCUCCAACUGCUGUCUCCUCCACAUUGAGUUUCUGUUCUCUGAGACUAAAACUCAAGAGAUUUUUAUGGAGCAGGAGAAGCCUGGCUCUAGGACGCUUGGCUUGGGCAGUGCUUUGAGCUGCUGCUGCUCUUUGCACUGUUAGACUGGUCUCCGCCUCCCCCUUGCCCUUGCCAGGCCUCAGCUCAGCACAGCUACAGAUGUGUCAGUGUUCAGGGCAGCUCCCAGGCCUUGACAGAGCUCUCAGGGAGGAACAACGGGAAUGCUCUAGCAUCCUCUUGCCUGGCCCAUUUAAUUUUAUCCUUUAGUUACCUGGGCCAAUAGCUUUGAAUUAUUCCCUUUCAUUGCUCCAAACCAAUGCCUGAAGCAGCAAAAUAGGGCACUGAUAAGAGGGAGCACCUCUCUCAUCUCAGAAUCUCCAGCUCAAGGGCCAGCUCCUAGGAAGCAGUUUUCCUAAAGGGACCUACAUGCAUUUGAGUUGAACUAAAGUCUCCAGGACUUUCUGCCCUCCUGUGCAUUAUGCUGGCUGCAGGGACGGCCUCAGCACACUGCUGCUCCUUCACCAGCUGUAUGGGGUGGCUUUAACUUCUUUCCAGAGUAGCAGCAGUGUGGCUGAAUACCUAGAGCUAGUGGGAGGGACAGUGCUUCUUCAGCCCUCCAUCUUGGGUUCCUCUUAAUGUAGCCCUGAGCAUACCUGCCAGGCCUCCUUUACCUGGAUAACAGCUUCUUUCUUAGCAGUAACUGAGGGUGCAUGGAAAUCAGGCUCUGGGGAGGACCAGACUAAAGGGAGAUCCUGGUAGGAGCAGCACCUGGCUAGCUGCUGACCAUGGGCGCCAGCUUGCUGCCGUGCCCCCUUCUAAGCUGGUGAGCUGGGCUUUAGUUUUUCCCAGGCCAUGCACACUUUUAAUUUAUUUGAGAAAAACUAAUUGUAUUUUCACUGCAGUAUCUUGUACUUUUAUUUGUGAUUUACAAAAUGUGAAGAGAAAAUGCAGAGACCCACUGGCUCCAGUGUUUCUCCAGCCCCUGCUCUAGAGCUAACCACUCUAAGAUUGUUUGGUAAUGUUACUUAGUGUAAUUAAUUGUAACAUAUUCUUUUAAAUAAAUUGAUUUAUUGAUGAAACAA